AUGGCAACAGAAAAACCUAUGGUCUUGAUUGUCGGCGCAGGACUCGGAGGACUCUCCCUCGGGAUUCUCCUGGAACGAGCUCAGAUUCCCUUCGAGAUCUUUGAGCGCAGCUCUACUAUCAGGCCAUUAGGAUCGGCACUCUCAAUCGGUCCUAACUUGAUCCCCUUUCUCGAACAAAUCAUGCCCAUCGAAGACUUUUUCAGCGCUUCCAAACCAAUGACGGAUGUUAGAUCCUUUAACGAGCAGCGUGAGUUUGUCUUCUCCUCCGACUUUUCUCCCAUCGAAGAGCUGACGGGAUACAGGCAACAUAUCAUAGCUCGCCCAGUUUUCUACGACCUCCUCCUCCGCCAAAUUCCCGCUACAAAGGUGCACCUCAACAAGCGGGUCCUCGAUAUUGGCGAAAAGGACGAUAAGGUCUUCCUCCGGACCGCCGAUAAUGGCUACUAUGAAGGGGAUAUCCUGAUCGGCGCCGAUGGAGCCUACAGCGCAGUCCGGCAGCGGCUUUAUGAAUCGUUAAAACAGAAAGGGCAGAUCUUAAAGUCGGAUUUGGAGGAUCUGCCGUUUAGAUGUACUUGUCUUGUGGGGCAAACGGGUGUUUUGGACCAGGACGAGUUCCCGGAGUUGAAGGAGCCGAUUUGUCAGUUCUGGUCUACCCUUGGCGAGGAUAAGCCCUUCUCUUGGGUUACAUUCACGACUCCUCAGAAUACAAUCUGCUGGAUGGUCGUCUGUCACCUCUCAAAACAACAGAGCAAAGCAGCCGAGGGAGAACGGUUCAGGAGCAUGGACAACUCGGAAUGGGGACCCAUUGCCGCACAAUCGAUGUGCGACGAUACCAGGGGGUUCCCUAUCCCUGGCGGCAAUGGGACGUUGACAAUGGGGGAUCUAUAUGACAGGACGCCCAAGAACUUGAUCUCGAAGGUCAUGUUGGAGGAGAAGAUGUUUGAGACCUGGCAUUCUGGUCGGGUUGCCCUUCUCGGGGAUGCAUGCCACAAACUAAACCCCUCCGCAGGACAAGGAGCAGUAACCGCCAUCCACGACGCCAUCGCGCUCGCAAACCUCAUCUACUCCCUCGACUCGACCACCCUGACCUCCAUCACCCGGAUCUUCGCUCUCUAUAAAGCAGAACGCUACCCCAUCGUCCUGCAAGCUUACAAGAGCAGCGAGUUUCUGAGCAAGAGAAUCGAGCGCAGCUUCAUGGGGUUCCUGGCCAGCGAGAGCAAGGAGCUCAUCUUGGCUGCCGACUUUAGUCUUGCCCAGGGCCGCAUGCAGGUCCAUCAUAUAACGGAUGGAUCUAACUAUGCGGGCAACAUCCUCGUAGGAGCAGACGAAGCCUACAGCUUGGUCCGACAACAGCUGUACGAGACUCUACUCAAGGAAGGCAAACUACCUGCAUCAGAUCAGGAGGAACUACCCUUCGGCUGUGUCUGUCUGGUAGGCCAAACCCGCCCCCUAGAUCCAGAAGAGUUCUCAGUCUUGAAGGAACCCGUAGCCCAAUCGACAUAUACCGAUAAGAGGAACCGGACGAGCGAGAAUCUGGAGUGGGAGUCGCAUGCAGCCGCUGCCAAGGAGGUGUAUGACGAGACGAGGCAUUUUCCUCUACAGUUUGAGGAUGGUACUUUGACGAUAGGGGAUAUGUAUGACCGGACGGAUCAGGAUCUUAUUUCCAAGAUUAUGUUGGAGGAGAAGCGUGUCACAAGUUGCACCCUUCAGGAGGUCGUGGCGUAG